AUGGUGGUCUCCGUUUGGGCGGAUCCUGCCCAUGUGCGAUACGUUGCUGUUGAACAACAGAUGCAUGUGACACGAGUGCUUCUUUGUUUAGGUCGAUGGAUUAAUGAAGUGACUGCAUAUGAUUCUGUGCGAAAUAUUUUCAAUUCGAUUUUUCCUGGCGUCGAAGCUCGGCUAGCUAAUCCAGAUAAAGUAAUUUGCCAGUCCGGAAUGUUCGUGGGUGAGGCGUUCUCGGUCUGGAUGGGUGGUGAGCGAUUGAAGUUUGACUAUGAAGAGGAUAAUUGGUUGGCUGAAAUGCGCAGAAUUCGCGACGGAGUUUGUUUGCCGCCUGAUAAUACGGAGAUUUGUGAAGAUGUGCCAGCGACUGUUGAACAGGACGAUUAUGUUGUGCCACCUUCCUCUAGCUACGUUUUGGAAUCUCAAUCGGCAGAUAGUGAUGAUGGCGAAGACUUUCCAGCUUAUUAUGUGCCAGACAGUGAACAGAAUUUUGAGGCGCUUCCCGACGGAUCUGAGCCUGAUAAAACGAUGCCUGCUCCGAAUUAUAUACGGGACUGUCUCAAACAGCUUGAUGAAAAGGAGAAGUAUGAAGUGUUUGAAGCAGGAUUUUUUGCUUUAAAUGCGAUGAUUCGAAGGAAGGCGAUCGGGUUUGUUGAUAUUGCCGAUAUCUUGGUAAAGAAACUGGUUUUCCUGGAGGAUAAGUUUUCAACUAAAGAUUUCGAGGUUAUUCGUAUGCAGUGUGUAGUGUCUUGUCUGGUUAUGCGACCUGAAAUCGCUCCAAAGCUCGGAGAUACGGUCUUUUCUCGCAAUUGCACUUUUUUCCAUAGACAUUUGAUUCUGAAGGCCUUCCUAACUGCUGCUAAAGAGUUGGCGCAAUUUUCAAUGGAACCAUCGACUAAGAAUUUUGCUGAAGUCAGUAAGAGCCAAAAGGAAAAGGUUAAUGACUGGAGAGCAAUUGUGGAAGCCAGGAUUCGUUCUAAUACCCGACGGUUUACUACAGCGAAAAAGCCACAAGUACUCACUCCGAAUAAAUUUGCUCCAGUGGCGACCUUGUUCUUCUAUCCUUUACUCGGAACUGAAACUGGAGAACAUUUGGAGUUAAAGGGUCGGGAUUCACCGUUCCUUGCACGGCUGUUGAACUGUGUCAGCGAGCUUCUUCAGCUAGCAGUGAACACACCUAGUGUAGUGAAGAUGGCAACAUCUCUGGCAGACAUCAUUGCGCCACUACGAUUUCACCCGGAGGUGUUCAUUCGUUCGGCAGUUCUCUUUGCGUACUUUUCUAUCACUAUUGCAGUUCCUGAUGAGGUAUUCCCUGACUUCUUCGGUAAUGUAUUGCACGAAUGGAUUGAGUGGGCACUGUUCUGUGCGGAGAACGUCGACGCUUCAGAACAAGAACGAGGUUUUGCUCGUAGUGUUGCCAUGGUACUUUAUCAGAAAACUGCCGGAGUAGAUGCUGUAAUGAACUAG